GAACUUUUUAUUUAUUUUGCCUAACGCAUGCCGAUGUAGAUUGGAUCGAAAUCGUCAAGUAACCCAGGUAUCUACUUCCAAGGAGGAAUUCACGCAAGAGAAUGGAUUUCACCCGCCACUAUGAUGAAUCUUGCCAGAAAGCUUAUUGACGAUUAUGGUUCAGACAGCACUAUAAAGAAAGUUCUGGAUUCUUACGACUUGUACAUUGUGCCAACUCUCAACGUAGAUGGUUAUGUGUACACAUGGACAAAUGACCGAAUGUGGAGGAAGAAUCGGAUGAACUACGGAACAGCUUGUACUGGCAUUGAUUUGAACAGGAACUACCCAACUGGAUUCGGAGGUACGGGAGCAAGCAGCAACCCAUGUUUUGAAACGUACCACGGACCUAGCCCCAUCUCUGAAGUUGAGAUGCAACAUGUUACCUCGUUCUUCCUCAACAAGGUUGCCGCUGGACAGACCUUCCAACUGUUCAUUGAUUUCCACGCAUACGGGCAACUGUGGCUCUAUCCAUGGGGAUAUAGCCGUGUGGCACCAAUUGUUAACGACAGUGACGAUCUGUUAAAUGCGGCAAACGACGCUGCGCGUGCCCUCAAGUCACUCUUCGGCACCGAGUACUUUGUAGGGAAUUCUGCCAGAGACAUGUAUCCUGCUGGUGGCGCUAGUGAGGAUUGGGGCUACGAUGAGUUGAAGGCGAAGUACUCUUACAUCAUCGAACUGAGAGACGAGGGUAAAUAUGGCUUCAUCCUGCCCGAGAGAUUCAUCGAACCCACAGGAGAAGAAACGUAUGCAGGUGUGAAAAGUCUGUUUCAGACACUAUUGAAUGACCCCAACCCAAUACAGUCAUAAAUGUGUUAUUAGGGCGCGGCAUCGCUUAGUUGACGUUCGCAUAUUUACUUAACUCGUCCUAGCUUUAUCUGGGAUGACAAAAGAAUUAUAAUAAAAUAAUUGCAUCUUCUAUAUUGUUAAAUUAAUAAAUUCGAUUAAAUUGCAGUCUGUGAAAUUUAUAGUUUUAACUGAGUUUAAGAUUGUUGAUGUAUUACACUGUAUUGAAAUUGAAUAAAAUCAUGAAGAAUCAACUA